AAUACAUAGAGCAUGACCAACGCCGUUUCUCGUCGUUACACCAACCCGUAUCACGUUAAGCAAACCCAAUUAUUUAACGUCGACAAAAGGGCGCGAAAAUUAAAUAACCUGUCAGACAGUGACGUUCGUCCAUGCGCCUUUUAGGCGCGUGUCACCAAAUACGUUCGUUUUCCUAAUCCCGGGUCUGGGUCCGAUGGAAUCUCUCUGAAAUUUACGGGUCGGUUCAACCCAGUUUCGAGCCCGAUUGGCAAAUCACGCGCUUGAGUUCCUUUAUGUUGAACAACAGGAAGGAGAUGAAGCAUCAUCUCACAUGGCUUCUGGUUCGGUACAACGUCUCCAUCGAAACCUUCGUGGCAAACCCUUUCAUCCAAAUAAAAUAAAAUCCAAGAGGAAAAAAAUAAUGCCCCGCGCUCUUCCAAACCAGAACCAGUAGACCAGAGAGAGAAAUACCAGAGGAGAACUUCACAGUCGAGGUAACCUUAAAAACCAACUUCCCUUCCAAUGCAACACCUUCCUCUCCCUGUUCGUCUCUGCCUACCGGUUCAUGGUGUCUGUUGGCGCUGCUUCUUCAACGGAUGGCCGGUGGCAAUUUUCCACGAGUUCCACCGGACAAGGACCGGAAACGGCCGCCGGCUGUCCUGAUAGUUGAUGCGGCGGUCGUUGAGUCACCGGAGACUCUUUUCGGUGCUCGGUUGGUCGAUGCUCCAAUACUAUUCUUAGUUUAUUUCCACAAGGCUCUGCGAGCGGAAAUCGCGGAGCUCCGACACGAGGCGGUGAAGGCGGCUGAGAGCCGGUCCCAUUGCCGCGACUCUGUCGAGGAGCUUUUGCGACGAUUUGAGUUCCUGAAACUAGUGUACAAGUAUCACUGCGCUGCCGAGGAUGAGGUUGUCUUUCUAGCGCUGGACAUUCAUGUUAAAAAUGUGGCUUGUUCAUAUUCACUUGAGCACGAAAGCAUAGAUGAUCUUUUCAGCUCUAUUUUGCAUUUGUUGAAUGUUUUAGUGGGGAAAGAUGAAAACAUUUCCAAGCCAUUUCAAGAACUUAUUUUUUCUAUUGGUACAAUCCAGUCUUCCAUUUGCCAGCAUAUGCAAAAGGAAGAACAACAGGUUUUCCCUUUGUUGCUGCAGCAGUUCUCUUCCAAAGAACAGGCUUCACUUGUGUGGCAAUUUAUUUGUAGUGUUCCUGUGAUCUUGCUGGAAGAUUUUUUCCCAUGGAUGAUCUCUUUUCUUUCUCCAGAUGAGCAUGUGAGUGUUGUGCAUUGUAUCGAACAAGUCGUGCCCAAGGAAAAAUAUCUGCAGGAGGUGGUUGUCUCCUGGCUUGGCAAAAAUAGUCAAUCCUUAUUCAGGCCUUUCACUAAAAUUGACAAAGGAGUCCAAUGUCCUGAUAAGUCAGCAAAUAUGAAAAAUAAAUCCCAGUUGUAUCCUUUGAAGAGGCAUUCUGAACAAUAUUGGCAUUUAAAGGAGGAUUACUUCCUACAUACAGAUGUCAGAGAAUAUCCACUUGGUGGUCUUCAUCUUUGGCAUGGUGCAAUUUUGAAAGAUCUGAGAAAAAUUCUGGAAGAGAUAUCCCAAAUGAAAUGCUCGAGCAAUUUUUCAGAUUUGGACCUGGUCGUUGUCCGGCUGAAAUUCCUUUUUGAUGUUCUUAUCUUCUACAGCCAUGCAUUAGAGAAGUUCUUUUACCCUAUGUUAAUCGAAAUCAAUGGUCACCAGUUUUCCUUCCCUAGACGAUUCCCCAUAGAAAAUCAUAUUCGGAAUUUACAACAGUUGCUUCAUCAUGAUGUUCAAAAUGGUCUACCAACAAGCAAGCUUGUGGAGAAGCUUUGCUGGGAACUACAGGCAUUUGAGGUGGAUAUUAGCAUAUGCUUUGCUGUACAAGAAACAGAGGUAUUCCCCAUCAUUAGCAAGCACUACAGCCAUGAAAUGCAGCAGCAGCUUCUUUAUACGAGUCUUCAUGUGCUGCCACUUGGGUUACUAAAGUGCGUGAUUACUUGGUUUUCAUCUCAUUUAUCCGAGGAUGAAUCCCAGUCCAUUCUUUGUACAAGUGAUGGAAAUUGUUCAAUCAAUAAAUAUUUUGCAUCCCUUCUAUUGGAGUGGUUUCGCAUUGGUUAUUUAGGUAAAAAUUCGAUUGAACUUUGGGAAGAACUGCAGAAGAUAUUCAAGAGCAGAUCCUCGUUCUUUUCUGAGCAAAUCAAGGAGGCUGCCGGAUCUUUAUGCUUAAAUUCCGUUAUGCAACUUUGUGGAGGAUCUAACCCUAGGCUGUUGGAACAUGCCACUACUGAGAAGGCCAAAAAAUGUUUCUCUUAUACUUCAUGUGCAGGCUCUGCUACUAACAACUGUGAGACACACUACUAUAGUGGGGUAAAUCUGCAUAUAUUUUUCCCAGAAACAAUUAGGUUAUCACAGUCAUUUCCUUCUUUUUGUUGUGAAAAGAGUCCUACUGAUCCUCUUCUUACGAGACCAGUACCAGUAGAUCUCAUUUUCUUCUUCCACAAGGCUCUAAAAAAAGAUUUGGACUACCUAGUCUCUGGUUCAGUUCGGUUAGCUGAAGAUAUUGGCUUCCUCAGGGAAUUCUGUCAGCGAUUCCAUCUUGUUCAAUUCCUAUACCAGAUCCAUAGUGAUGCAGAGGAUGAGAUAGCUUUUCCUGCUUUAGAGGCAAAGGGAAAACUCCAAAACAUGACACAGGUUUACGCCAUUGACCACAAACUGAAAAUUGAACACUUAAGUAAAAUAUCCCUCAUUUUAGAUGAGAUGUCUGAUUCGAACAAAUCGGUUCCUAGUGUUGCUUUGGACAUGGCAGAGCAGGGAAAUAUGAGAAACCAUCAACUAUGCAUGAAUCUCCAGGACCUGUGCAAAUCACUCCAUAAAUUAUUGUCUGACCAUAUCUAUCAUGAAGAACUUGAGCUUUGGUCCUUGCUCAAAGAAUGCUUCUCCAUUGAGGAGCAAGAAAAGAUCGUUGGGUGUAUGCUCGGAAGGAUGGGAGCAGAAAUAUUAAGAGAUAUGAUUCCAUGGUUAUUGGCAUCUUUAACACCAGAAGAACAGCAUUCUGUCAUGUCCUUAUGGUGUCAGACAACAAGGAGAACUAUGUUUGAUGAAUGGUUAUCAGAAUGGUGGGAGGGAAAUACUAUAAAAAAGUUGGUGGAUGCCUCCGAUAUCCCCCGUUCUUGUUGUGAGGACCCCUUGGAGAUCAUCUCAACAUAUCUUUCUAACAAAGAUGAUGAACCAAGAGGCAAUUUUUGUGACAAGGACAUCAAUUUUCCACAGACCUCUGCCAGUAUUGAACCUUCAGAAAAGUCUGGUGUUGAUGAUAAGUUGGAAGGUUAUAGUGGAGAACAGAAGUAUAACAAGUGUUCAGAAUAUACAAGCCUAUCUACCGAGAAUGACAAGAAGAAAUCCAAGUGUUCAGAAUAUACAAGCCUAUCUACCGAGAAUGACAAGAAGAAAUCCUGUGAAGUAGCUGAUAUCACACAGAUCAGCAGCGAAAAUCAGAAUUUUAAAGUAAUUCAAAAGUCCAGUCAAUAUGAGGGUCUUCUAACAAUAAGUCAAGAGGAUCUGGAAGCUGCAAUAAGAAGAGUAUCCCGUGACUCAUCCUUGGAUCCUCAGAAGAAGUCUUGUAUAAUGCAGAACCUACUAAUGAGCCGUUGGAUUAUUAGGGAACGGAGUGAAGAAAAUGUCUCAAGCAAUGGGGAAGACAUUUUAGGUCGGCAUGCAUCUUAUCGGGACUCUGUCAAAUUAACAUUUGGUUGCAAACAUUACAAGAGGAAUUGUAAGCUUUUCACUCCCUGUUGCAACCAACUUUUUACAUGCAUUCGUUGCCAUGAUGAAGCAGCUGAUCACUUGGUGGAUAGGAAAUCAAUUACCAAGAUGAUGUGUAUGAAUUGUCUAACAAUCCAGCCAAUUGGCCCUACAUGCUCUAACUUUUCCUGUGAUAGCUUCUCCAUGGGAAAAUACUACUGUAAUAUCUGCAAAUUAUUUGAUGAUGGAAGGGAAAUUUAUCAUUGCCCAUAUUGUAACCUCUGCCGAGUUGGGAAAGGAUUGGGCAUUGAUUACUUUCAUUGCAUGAAAUGCAAUGCAUGCAUGUCCCGAUCUCUUUAUGUGCACAUAUGCGUAGAGAAAUCUUUGGAGGAUAAUUGCCCAAUCUGCCAUGAAUACAUCUUCACAUCCAGCUCUCCAGUAAAGGCACUUCCAUGUGGUCAUUUGAUGCACUCAACUUGUUUUAAGAUCUACACCUGUACUCACUAUACAUGCCCUAUUUGUAGCAAGUCGCUUGGCGACAUGCAGGUAUACUUUAGGAUGUUGGACGCAUUGUUGGCUGAUGAGAAAAUUCCAGAUGAAUAUGCUGGCCAAACUCAGGUUAUACUAUGUAACGAUUGCGAGAAGAAAGGAGAAGCUCCAUUUCAUUGGCUUUAUCACAAAUGCUCAUACUGUGGCUCCUACAACACCAGAAUUCUUUAAACCUAUUCCUCCCGUCCCUUUGUAUGAUUCCUUCUCUUUGAUUCUGAAUCCUUACAUUGAAUAAAAUACACGAUCUCAUGACACUUGAAGUGAAUGAGAAAAAUGUCUCUACCCCCUGGGUUUUCAUUGAGAACACAUUUCUGCUAAAGCUGUAAAUAAUUUAGUUGUAAUACAUGAGCAUAUGUACUACUACACUUCAUUCUCCUCGCA